AUGCGUCCAGGUCAGGAGCCGGAGGAUGGCUUGCGUGAGGUGACUCUCUCUACGCAGAGGCUGCGUGUCCUACCUCCAGAGGUCCUGAGCAACCCCACGCUGGAGAGCCUUGACCUUGACAGGAACAAGCUCAGAAGCAUCGCUGGCAUUUCUAAGCUUUGCAACCUGAAGAAGCUGAUACUGUCCAAGAAUGAGAUUGUGAACUUUCCCAAUGAAAUUCAGAGCUUGGUCUGUUUAGAGAAGCUUGAGCUGAAUCAGAACCAAAUCCGGGUCAUCCCAGAGGGGGUUUUCUCCCAUCUCCCCAGGCUUAAACACCUGCGGCUGAACAACAACCGUCUCACUGCCCUCCCCAGGGACCUGGCAGCUUGUCAAGGCAGCCUCCAGUACCUCAACAUCUCCAACAACCUGUUCCGGACCUUCCCCCAGCCUGUCCUGCAGCUGGCACACUUACAGGAGCUCCAUGUGCAGAAUAACACCCUUCGCCAGCUUCCCAAGGAGCUCUUCCAGGGGCAAUCCCUGAAAAUGCUCAAGGCCAAUGGGAACCCCCUCCGGGAGCCACCCAGUGAGGUGUGCGCUGGUGGCAUCCAGCAGAUCCGAAAUUACUUCAGCCAGCUUCAACACGGUUCAGGGCAAGAGGACAAGAGGGUCAAGACCAUGUUCCUGGGGGCCUCGCUGGCGGGGAAGUCCACCAUCUGCAAAAGCCUGAAGCAAGGGCAAACCAAACUGGUGCCCAAGGAAGAGCGAACGGUUGGGAUAGAGAUCAGCGAGUUCCAGAUUGAGGACUUCACAUUUCUCUUCUGGGACUUUGCCGGCCAGCUGGAGUACUACAUGACUCACCACGUGUUCAUCACCCCACAGGCACUUGUCAUCCUUGUCAUCAAUCUCCACAUGUACCAAACCAACGACAAGACUUUCAAGGAGCUCGUCGGUUUCUGGAUCAACAACCUGUCCAUGCGAGUCCCAAAUUCGGUGGUGCUUCCUGUGGGAACACAUGUGGACUGCUGCCGGGAGGAGGAGGUGGAGGAGAAGAGGCGUGACAUCAUGGCCAAGAUCACGAUGAUGCUGGCGGAGAGAAAAAGCAACCUCACUCACUUCAUCAACAACCUGGAGGGCAGCGAGGAGCCCAUGUUUUAUGUGGACCAGUGGGAGAGGCUGAAAGAGAUGGAGAACUGCACGUUAACGAUCUUAAACUUGGUUGCUGUCAACUGCACGGAUCACCAUGACAUCAAAAAGCUUGAAGCCACUAUUCUGGAGCAUGUGAAGAACGAGGAGCUCUUCCCCGAGGUCGUCCGAGUCCUGCCACCCGUCUAUAGGCAGGUGGAAGCUGCCAUCGUAGAUAUUGCACAGAGUGAGGAGAUGGCAGACCAUGGCAUGAUGGACCUCCAGUACCUGCUCAGCAAACUGUCCCAGCGCAAGCACCUGGCCAACCUGGGCAGAGAGUUUCUCCAGGACAUCUUGCGCUACCUCCACCGCGUCGGGCUUGUUGUGUGGUACGAGGAAAUCAAGCAGCUGGAAAGCACUGUUUUUCUCCAGCCUACCUUCCUAAUAACUAUGUUCAAGCUCCUUGUGAGGUACCACCUAGUCCAGCAACUCGAGAGCAUCUCUCUGGACACACUGAUUGGGGAACAUGCCACCAUCAGAGACAGGUCCAACUGGGUGUGGACCUUCAAGUCAAAGGCAAUGCUGUCCCACCGGGCUGUGCGUGCCCUGGUGAAGCACCAGCUCCGUUUGGAAGGGAUGCGGGAUGUCUUUGAGGAAAUCAUGGGACACAGGCCCUGCAGAGGGCGAGGGAUGCUCUUCAGCCUCCUGGAGCACUUUGAGCUCUGCCUGGAGGUGAGGCACGCCGAAACGCUCAACCCACAGGCCAGUGAGUUUGUGCCCGGGAAGCCAUGGGAGACAACGCGGGGCCAAGGCGAGUCCUGGUACUUGUUCCCAACCUAUCUGAACCAGACCGAAGAGGUCUCUGAAGUAUGGGGAGGAGAUCACCCUGAGGACCUCCACAUCCGUGCCUACUUCUCACCCGAAAUACCUGAGGGUUUCUUCCAGAGUGCCAGUACGACUGUCAGCGAGCCCUUGGCUGUUGAGACCAUCUCGGCUGGGACUCAGGAGACCAGGGCGGCUUCUCAGCUCUGCCACAGACGUGUGGAGCCCUGGAUGAACCGUUUCAAUGUUCGCUGCCUGGACAUGAGCAAGGACCACGCUCCUUUUGGUUCGCCUUUCAUCUGGG